UGCACAUGCAGUAUAUAUACUGCAUACUAAGAUUCAAUAGUUAUCAGUACCUACCUAGUUCAUUCUUUGUGAAGAAUAAAUUUUAUUUUUAAAAAUCUCAUCUCGUAAAAGUGUGUACGCAUCUACAAUACAUUCAAAAUGACUACAAAGCUGAUUGUAUUUGCUGCUCUGAUUGGACAUAUGGCCAUUGCUUACCCGCCUGAGUACAAAAGUUACGACGAUGGUCACCACGAUCACUAUGCUCACGCACCUGCACCGUAUCAUUUCGAGUACGGUGUAAAAGACCUCCAUACACACGACAUCAAAAGCCAAAGCGAAGUGAGCGACGGUCAUGGUAAUGUCAAAGGAUCGUACAGUUUAGUAGAAGCCGAUGGUUCUACACGUGUUGUCGAGUACACCGCCGACCACGAGCACGGUUUCAACGCUGUUGUCAAGAAAAUCGAUGCACCCCACCAUCACAGUGAACACUCUGACAUUGGUUACCAUCACCACGAAUCACUUCAUCCAUACAAAUCAUCAUCUUACUACAAGUUCUACUGAAAUUCAAUAUUAUUAAAUAAUACCUAUACACAAAUUUGUUAUCACACCGUCGUCGGUACCUACCCAUUAUUCAUUUUGUACCUAUGCCAUGUAAAUUUUUUUACUGAAUAAAAUAUUAUAAAAGAUAUAUAAUAAACAGUUUUGAUCUACAUACCUAUUGCAUAUAUUAUGUUUAAAAUAUGUAAAGUUAAUAAUAUAAUAUGUGCUCCGAAAAGUGGUUCAAAUUACAAAAUCAAUUGUAAACAAUUUGCGUUUGACCACAUGAAGUUACUGUUUUUAAGGCUAUAUAAUAUGAAAUUGUAUUUCAACCGUAUAAAGGUCCAUUUUUUUUUUUUUUGACUAUAGUAAAUACUAAAUAAUAAUUGGAUAAAAAUGUCAGUAAAAAUAUAUUUUUAUGUUUAAAUUCUA